AUGGUCGACGAGGAGCGUCCUCCAGAGGUACUCAACGAGAAGCUAAGCCAGUUCCUCGUACACUGGGAUGGCCCGGACGACCCUGAAAACCCCAAGAAUUGGAGCAAGUUGAAAAGAUGGUACGUCACCGUGUUCGGUAGCCUCCUCGUCUUCAAUGCAUCAUUCGCGUCAUCUGCACCAUCAGGAAUCCUACCUCAACUCAUCGUAGAUUGGAACAUGUCCACCGAAAUAGCAACUCUCCUCAUCGCCAUCUUCGUCCUGGGAUACUGCGUCGGUCCCAUCUUCUGGGCUCCGCUAUCUGAAGCCGUCGGCCGUCGGCCCAUCUUUAUAAUCGCGUUCACUUUAUACACCAUCUUCCAAGUCGCGUGUGCCGUAGCGCCGAACACGGGUGCGCUCAUCGCUUUCCGUUUCCUGGGUGGUCUGUGCGCCGCAUGUCCACUCACAAACGCAGGUGCCAUCCUCGCUGAUAUGUGGGAUCCCGACAAUCGAGGCCGAGCAAUCGCUUUCUUUGCUUUGGCACCUUUUGCCGGCCCAGCGCUGGGACCUAUUGUCAGCGGUUACAUGACGGUGGCUGGUGUUCAUUGGAGGUGGCUCUUCUGGGUCUUGACCUUCUUCGCUGCAGCCUGCACCAUUGGCAUCGUGUUCACCGUCCCAGAGACGUUUGCUCCCACGCUUCUGACCCGCAAGGCGCGUGCAUUGAGGAAGAAGACCGGUGAUACACGAUACUUCUCCGCCCUCGAAGUCAUGGAGAAGAAUCCUCGGAGGUUGGCAUACCUGAUCUUCGGCCGACCUUUCAAGAUGCUUAUCCGGGAGCCGAUGCUAUUCUUCAUCACGUUGUACAUGUCCUUCGUCUACGGCUGCAUCUACCUUCUGUUUGAAGCCUUCCCGAUUGUCUUCACUCUCGGGCACCACAUGGAUGAGGGUACUUCAGGGCUGAUGUUCCUCCCACUUUUCCUCGGCGGCUGCACAGGCGCAGCUAGCUAUCUCUUCCUCUUCAAUCCCCGAUACGAGAAGCACAUCGAGCGGUUCGCCCCGAAAGCCGUACCACCAGAGUACAGGCUAGAGAUGGCCUUCAUCGGCGCGCCCAUUUUCGCCAUCGGAUUCUUCUGGUUCGGGUGGACGAGUUUCCCCAGUAUCUCGUUUUGGAGCCCGAUGAUGGCCACCUCACUCCUUGGUCUCGGCGUCGUGCUCAUAUUCUUGAGCUUAUUCAACUACAUCAUCGAUGCAUAUCUGAUGGUCGCCGCUUCGGCCCUCGCGUCAUCGACCAUCGUACGUAGUCUGUUCGGUGCAGCCUUCCCCCUGUUCGCAACACAGAUGUACAACCGGCUCAACCCGAGAUGGGCAUCUACCCUCCUGGGCUGCCUGGCGGUGCUGAUGAUCCCUAUUCCGUUCGUUCUCCGAGUAUGGGGUGCAAGGUUGCGGAGAAAGAGCAAGUAUGCUCCAACUGAUUAG